UCACCGGGUAAAUGCAAUUGCUGGUUAUCGGCUGCACUUUCCUCACGUUGUCGCAGUGUGAGGAAAGUACUGCCGAUAACCGGCAAUUCAGUGCCACCCACCUGUGCCCAUCAGUGCCUAGCAGUACCCCCAUCAGUGCUGCCCAGCAGUGCCCAUCAUUGCUGCAUAUCAGUGCAGCAUCAUCAGUGAUGCCUAUCAGUGCCCAGCAGUGCCGCCUAUCAGUGCCUAUCAUUGCUGCAUAUCAGUGCUGCAUCAUCAGGACUGCCUAUCAGUGCUGCCUAUCUCUGCCGCCUCAUCAGUGCCCAUCAUUGCUGCCUAUC